GGCACCAGGGCCAGACGUGUGUCAGGACGGGAGGACAAGGGCAAGCGUGAGAGAGACAGAAGAGAAAGAGAAGAAGAAGAAGUCAGGGAACUUAUCCUCUUCUCUACAUCACAGUCACAGGAAUAACCAGGGUUUGAGUUUGUUUGUGGGGGGGAAACAGAGAAGUGAUCGGCACCAUGAUGAUGACCCAGCUGGAGACCACGGUCCACUACGACAAUGGCUUCGAGGAGGUGUACAUGACACAGGAGGAUGAGUGGGACCGGGACAUGCUGCUGGAUCCGGCCUGGGAGCAGCAGCAGAGGAAAACCUUCACGGCCUGGUGUAACUCCCACCUGAGGAAAGCCGGAACUCAGAUUGAAAACAUCGAGGAGGACUUCAGGAAUGGGCUGAAACUAAUGCUGCUGCUGGAAGUUAUCUCAGGAGAGAGGUUACCCAAGCCAGACAGAGGGAAGAUGCGGUUUCACAAGAUUGCUAAUGUCAACAAAGCUCUGGACUUCAUCACGAGCAAAGGAGUGAAACUGGUUUCCAUCGGAGCUGAAGAGAUUGUGGACGGUAAUGUAAAGAUGACUCUGGGAAUGAUCUGGACUAUCAUCCUCCGCUUCGCCAUCCAGGACAUUUCUGUGGAAGAAACAUCUGCCAAGGAAGGUCUUCUCCUGUGGUGUCAAAGAAAGACUGCCCCCUACAGGAAUGUCAAUGUCCAGAACUUCCAUGUCAGCUGGAAGGAUGGCCUGGCCUUCUGCGCCCUGAUUCAUAGACACAGACCCGACCUCCUCGACUACUCUAAGCUCAACAAGGAUGAUCCUAUGGGGAACCUGAACCUGGCUUUCGACUUAGCUGAGAAACACCUGGACAUUCCUAAAAUGCUGGACGCAGAAGAUAUCAUCAACACCCCCAAGCCCGAUGAAAGAGCUAUCAUGACCUACAUGUCCUGCUUUUACCACGCCUUCGCUGGAGCUGAGCAGGCAGAGACGGCUGCCAACAGGAUCUCUAAGGUGCUCGGUGUCAACCAGGAAAAUGAGAAAAUGAUGGAGGAAUAUGAGAGACUGGCCAGUGAGCUGCUGGAGUGGAUCCGCCGCACCACUCCCUGGCUGGAGAACAAGACCCCGGAGAAGACCAUGGCAGAGAUGCAGCGGAAGCUGGAGGAUUUCAGGGACUACAGACGCCAACACAAGCCCCCGAAGGUGCAGGAGAAGUGCCAGCUGGAAAUUAACUUCAACACCCUGCAGACCAAGCUGCGCAUAAGCAAUCGCCCCGCGUUCAUGCCCUCUGAGGGGAAGCUGGUAUCUGACAUAGCCAGUGCAUGGCAGGGCCUGGAGCAGGCAGAGAAAGGCUACGAGGAGUGGCUCCUCACUGAGAUCCGUCGGCUCGAGAGACUCGAUCACCUGGCAGAAAAGUUCCGCCAAAAAGCCACCAAUCACGAGAACUGGGCCGGCGGUAAGGAACUGAUCCUCUCCCAGACGGACUAUGAAACAGCCACCCUCGUAGAAAUCCGAGCUCUGCUGAGAAAACACGAGGCCUUCGAGAGCGACUUGGCAGCCCACCAGGACCGAGUGGAGCAGAUUGCCGCCAUCGCACAGGAGCUGAAUGAGCUGGACUACCAUGACGUGGCAGCUGUGAACCUGCGCUGCCAGAGCAUCUGUGACUUGUGGGACAAGCUGGGAACCCUGACUCAGAAAAGGAGAGAGGCACUGGAGCGCACUGAGAAACUCCUGGAGACUAUUGAUCAGUUAUUUCUGGAGUUUGCUAAGAGGUCUGCUCCUUUCAACAACUGGAUGGAAGGAGCCAUGGAGGACCUGCAGGACAUGUUCAUAGUGCAUACUAUUGAAGAAGUCCAGAGUCUAAUCGCAGCUCACGAGCAGUUCAAAGCUACUCUACCUGAGGCUGAUGCAGAGAGACAAGCCAUCCUGGGAAUCCACAAUGAGGUGCAGAAAAUUUCCCAGAGCUACGGGAUCAAGGCCAACAUUACGAACCCCUACAGCACCAUUACAACAGAGGAGCUUCUUAACAAGUGGGAAAAGGUGAAGAAGCUGGUUCCUCAGAGGGAUGGUGCCCUCCAGGAGGAGAUGGCCCACCAGCAUGCCCACGAGAGGCUGAGACGACAGUUUGCUGCACAGGCUAAUCUCAUUGGACCCUGGGCACAGACCAGGAUGGAGGAAAUUGCACGCUGCUCGAUGGAGAUCGGAGGCGCGCUGGAGGACCAGAUGACUCAGCUGAAGCAGUGCGAGCACGUCAUCGUCGCUUAUAAGCCCAACAUCGACAAGUUGGAGGGAGACCACCAGCUGAUCCAAGAGUCCUUGGUGUUUGACAACAAGCACACCAACUACACCAUGGAGCACAUCCGUGUUGGUUGGGAGCUGCUCCUCACGACCAUCGCCCGAACCAUCAAUGAGAUAGAGACUCAGAUCCUGACCCGCGACGCCAAGGGCAUCAGCCAGCAGCAGAUGAACGAGUUCAGAUCCUCUUUCAGCCACUUUGACCGGAAAAAGAAUGGAGCGAUGGAAACCGAUGACUUCAGAGCUUGCCUCAUCUCUAUGGGAUAUGACCUGGGAGAAGUUGAGUUUGCCCGUAUAAUGAUACUUGUGGAUCCCAGUGGUACUGGACUCGUGUCCUUCCAGUCUUUCAUUGACUUUAUGACCAGAGAGACCGCUGACACAGACACUGCUGAGCAGGUUGUUGCAUCCUUCCGGAUCCUGGCAACUGACAAGCCCUACAUACUAGUGGAGGAGCUGAGGAGAGAGCUUCCCCCAGAGCAAGCAGAGUACUGCAUCAUGAGGAUGCCGCCUUACACCGGCCAGGGAGUGCCACCAGGGGCACUGGACUACACUGCCUUCUCCACUGCGCUCUAUGGAGAGAGUGACCUUUAACCCCAAUUACUAAACAUUUAUCCCGCUGACCGUUUACCUAACUGCCCCUGGCCCCUUCAUCUCCUGAUGAAAUUAAGAAAUCUAGAAGAAAGUUGUAUCAAAUAUGUUGAAUGAAAUGUGUUUGUGACAAUACUGAGUUUUUGUUGAUGGAUUUUCUGUCAAGUGUCUUGGUACUCUGAAAUCCUCUUGGAAAAAAGACGGCCUCCCGAAUGAAUAAACUUAUAUUGUGAGAAACAAUACUGUCGCCAGUGCAGAGGGAUAAAAAACCAGAUCACUUGGUAAAACAUGAUCAAGGUGUUUCGGUAGUUUAUCACUUGAGGAAAUCAGAUGUAAAAGUCACCCUGUCAUGUAUUGUUUUCAUGUUUCCUCGUAGUGACUUUGUAUUGGAAAUACAAUCUCCCCAUGAAAGCUGAUGCUUAAAGUGAAUUUCAGUUUGCAAAAGCAAUUUCGAACAAUAAAUAUUCGAAAAUGGAUUUCCCAAAAGGCUUAAAAAUAUAUGGUACUAACAAAGGGUAAAGUGGGAAACCACUUGAAAACAAAAGUAAAUGUUUUGGCAGAGAACACGAGAGACUAAAAAAUGAGUUUUGAAGAUAAUUUUGUUUGAAGGCAGCAGCAAAGAUGUGAAGGCUUGCAUAUGCAUAGAAAUAAGUAUAAUAAUAAAUAAAUAAAUAAAAUGUCAAGUGAUUUCCCAACAUUCUUUUGUUGACACAGUUAAAAGACUUUAUGUUGGUAGAAAAGUACAUUGAUUUAUCCACAUUAAAAACUUUUUGGCUCCA